UCCUCCCGCACGGACCCAUGAACCAGCCGGGCGGCGCGGCGGCUCCGCAGGCUGACGGAGCCAGUGCAGCUGGAAGGAAAAGCACGGCGAGCAGGGAGCGCUUGAAGCGCAGCCAGAAGAUCACCAAGGUGGAGGGGCCAGAGCCCGCGCCGUCGGAGGCCUCCCUGAGUGCUGAGCAGGGAACGAUGACGGAGGUGAAGGUGAAGACGGAGCUACCUGAUGACUACAUCCAGGAGGUGAUCUGGCAGGGGGAAGCCAAGGAGGAGAAGAAGGUGGUCAGCAAGGACGGGGCAGGUGAUGUGCCUGCCGAGAUCUGCGUGGUGAUCGGUGGCGUCCGCAACCAGCAGACCCUCGAUGGAAAAGCGCCCGAAGGCAGCCCCCACGGUGGAUCUGUGCGAAGCCGAUAUUCAGGGACCUGGAUUUUUGACCAAACGUUGAGAUAUGCAUCUGACAAUUUCAGGUACACGUGUGACAUCUGCGGGAAGAAGUACAAGUACUAUAGCUGCUUCCAGGAGCACCGGGACCUGCACGCGGUGGAUGUGUUUAGUGUGGAAGGGGCCCCCGAGAAUCGGGCAGACCCCUUCGACCAAGGUGUCGUGGCCACUGAGGAGGUGAAGGAGGAACCCCCAGAACCAUUCCAGAAAAUCGGGCCAAAAACUGGCAAUUACACCUGUGAAUUCUGCGGCAAACAGUACAAGUACUACACGCCCUACCAGGAGCAUGUGGCCUUACACGCCCCCAUCAGUACCGCCCCUGGGUGGGAGCCACCGGACGAUCCAGACACGGGCUCCGAGUGCUCACAUCCGGAGGUCUCCCCGUCUCCACGCUUCGUGGCAGCGAAGACCCAGACGAACCAGUCGGGGAAAAAAGCUCCGGCCUCCGUGGUCCGAUGCGCCGCCCUCUUACACCGCACCCCUCCAGCCACCCAAACCCAGACGUUCCGCACUCCAAAUUCGGGAUCUCCGGCAAGCAAGGCGACCGCAGCAGAAAGCGCUUUCAGUCGGAGAGUAGAAGGCAAAGCACAAAACCACUUCGAAGAGACAAAUAGCAGUUCCCAGAACUCCAGUGAGCCCUACACCUGCGGCGCCUGCGGGAUCCAGUUCCAGUUCUACAGCAACCUGCUGGAGCACAUGCAGUCCCAUGCAGCAGACAACGAGAACAACAUCGCCUCCAACCAGCCCCGAUCGCCUCCUGCUGUUGUGGAAGAGAAGUGGAAACCGCAGGCCCAGAGGAACAGCGCCAACAACACCAUGACCAGCGGUUUAACCCCCAACAGCAUAAUCCCCGAGAAGGAGCGGCAGAACAUCGCAGAGCGGCUACUGAGGGUCAUGUGCGCCGACCUGGGCGCCCUGAGCGUGGUGAGUGGAAAGGAGUUCUUGAAACUGGCCCAGACCCUGGUGGACAGCGGGGCCCGCUACGGGGCCUUCUCGGUCACAGAGAUCCUGGGCAACUUCAACACGCUGGCACUGAAGCACCUGCCGCGCAUGUAUAACCAGGUGAAGGUGAAGGUGACGUGCGCCUUGGGCAGCAACGCCUGCCUGGGCAUCGGCGUCACCUGCCACUCGCAGAGCGUCGGCCCCGACUCCUGCUACAUCCUCACGGCCUACCAGGCCGAGGGCAACCACAUCAAGAGCUACGUGCUGGGUGUAAAGGGCGCGGACAUCCGCGACAGUGGCGACCUGGUGCACCACUGGGUGCAGAACGUGCUGUCGGAGUUCGUGAUGUCGGAGAUCAGGACGGUGUAUGUGACGGACUGCCGGGUGAGCGCGUCGGCCUUCUCCAAGGCCGGCAUGUGCCUUCGCUGCUCAGCCUGUGCCUUGAACUCAGUGGUGCAGAGCGUGCUGAGCAAGCGGACGCUGCAAGCCCGUAGCAUGCACGAGGUCAUCGAGCUGCUCAACGUGUGUGAGGACCUAGCGGGCUCCACGGGCCUGGCCAAGGAGACCUUCGGGUCCCUGGAGGAGACGUCGCCGCCGCCCUGCUGGAAUUCGGUCACCGACUCGCUGCUGCUGGUGCACGAGCGCUACGAGCAGAUCUGCGAGUUUUACAGCCGCGCCAAGAAGAUGAACCUUAUCCAGAGCCUCAAUAAGCACCUGCUCAGCAACCUGGCAGCCAUCCUGACGCCAGUGAAGCAGGCCGUCAUCGAGCUGAGCAACGAGAGCCAGCCCACCCUGCAGCUGGUGCUGCCCACCUAUGUCCGGCUGGAGAAGCUGUUCACGGCCAAGGCGAAUGACGCGGGCACCGUCAGCAAGCUAUGCCACCUCUUCCUGGAGGCCCUGAAGGAGAACUUCAAAGUGCACCCGGCGCACAAGGUGGCCAUGAUCCUGGACCCGCAGCAGAAGCUGCGCCCCGUCCCGCCUUACCAGCACGAGGAGAUCAUCGGCAAGGUGUGCGAGCUCAUCAACGAGGUGAAGGAGUCCUGGGCGGAGGAGGCCGACUUCGAGCCGGCCGCCAAGAAGGCCCGCUCCGCCGCGGGCGAGAACCCCGCCGCUCAGGAAGACGAUCGGCUCGGCAAGAGCGAGGUGUACGAUUACCUGCAGGAGCCCCUCUUCCAGGCCACCCCCGAUCUCUUCCAGUACUGGUCGUGCGUCACCCAGAAGCACACAAAACUCGCCAGGCUGGCCUUCUGGCUGCUCGCGGUCCCGGCUGUGGGGGCCAGGAGCGGGUGUGUAAAUAUGUGUGAGCAAGCACUUCUGAUCAAGAGGAGGCGACUGCUCAGCCCGGAAGACAUGAACAAACUCAUGUUUCUGAAAUCCAACAUGCUUUAAGACUUGACUUUGGAACAAAAAAGAAAUGAGAAAGAAAAGAAAAAGAAGAGAAACGUUAGGAGGGAAUGAAAGAAACAUACACACACAACACUGUCGCAAACAAAGAGAAGGAAUUUAAGUUCUAAACACUGUGGACCUCAUUGUAAAUGCCCCCUGGAAACUUAAGUGCUUUUUCGGUGUGCGUGUGCGCAUGUGUGCGCGCUCCCGCAUGCGCGCGCGCUCCCGCAUGCGCGCAGACGCCAGCCCGCACGCACCCUGGGUGUGGGGCGUGGGGGCCUCGGCAGCUUCGCGCACACAUGCGCACACGCACGCAGCCCUGGUGCGUGGGCACGCGCCUGCUCGUGGGCACGUGUGCAUUAAACUGGGUGUGUCAGGAAAGCUGAGUGGGGAAGAGGGAAGACGCUUCACCUUUUCUCAGUGAGGGGGCUUUCGAGACUCCGUUUUCAGGUGUGCAGAUUGGUAGAAAGCUGAUGUCGUAAAACGUUCAGGCAGCUGAGAUCUGAAGUGACUUGACGCUCUCUAUCCUCGACCCUGUGGUCCCCUCCCCUCCUUCCCGUGCCCUCCAGCUCCCAGCCCUCCUGACCCUCAGGCCCCCACCCCUCCCCGGCUGCUCUGUCAUGGAUUCUCCAGCCUGCAUCAGAUGGACAGUUUCUGCACUAGACUUUGUUCUCGUUGACCUUCAGGGCAUUGAGCUGUUGCCUUCGGGAUACCCUUGGGCGUCCCGGGGCAGCCGCCUUAGAAACACACCUAUCUAUCUCCCCAAAUCAGGAAAGGAGACUUUAAGACUAUAAAGCUGACUUUUUGCUUUUUAAUAUAAGAUAGAAAAAAAAAGACAUUUUUUAAAGAAGUAUAGAUACUGUCUCCACUCCUUAAUAAUUGUUUUUCCUAACAUUUUAGCAGUUUUUACCCUUUUUUUUUUUUCAAAUUUGAUUUUAGACUCUGCUAGGAAGCACUGAAUGUCUGUAACUUAUGUUUUGGAGGUUUUUUUCCCCCCAAUUGCCCCUUUUUGUUCCUCAGAUCACACUGUAAACUAGCUCAUCUCAGUGGGAUAUUCAGUAUCCUAGGGAUUUGAUUAGCCCUCCCUGUACAGUCCCAUUUUCAUGUAUUUGAACAGCCAAGUCCAUGAACUUUACUUGGCUUUGCUGUUUGGAAGCCAGGAGUGGGGUUGGAGUCACAUGUCACAGGUGUGGGGUUCGGUGGAAGCCAUAGGCAAGCGUGUGGCUUGGGGGUGUUCCUGAAUGUCCGCGGAAGGCCCACCCUCCUGGUUCGCGGGUCUGUACUGUGAAUGUCUGCUUUACAUACCGAGUGCGUUACACUACUCACCACGUCACUGACACUUCUGGCUCCGCAGGGACUCCCGAGUCCAUCCACGUUCACGCCCAUCUCACCUCAGACCCACGUCCCCUCCCCCCCUUUCCAGGACCCCAGGGAUUCCCGUGGUUCCAAUACCCACAGCCUGGGGCUCCCUGCGUGAGCCUCAGCCCUCCUUCCAGGACAGUCAUUGAGCAUGGUGCCUUGUGGGCCUAACUUGAGGGUGGAAUGGCAUUAUUAGACCGCAUUCAACUCGAGGCUGUCAAAGAUGACUCUUCUCUCCAUGAACGAUUUCUGUUUUCCACACUCAGCCCCGAUGCCAAGAGGGUGGCCCCUUAGCCCUCACGAGAGGUGGUUCUGUCAUGGUCAGUACCCCACCCCCUCCCCACCUCUCCACAGUAACAGGCUGGUGGCCACGUGGCCCCCCAGCACCCGUGCCUGUGGGAUAGAGAUGGUUAUUCCAAGCGCUUCGGGCUAAGAAUGGCCGCCAUCAUGGAGGGCUCUUUGCAAAGGCACACUUUACCAUGUUGAAGGUUGACUCCUGUCCAUCCCUUCCUCAUAACAAAGCAUUACUUAUCAGCGAGAUACCUCGACUCCGAAAAGCACUGUACAACAUCCCCCUCCCCGGGUCCGUAGCAGAUGGGGAAGUCAAGUUGGUUCAAAAACUCAAGAAGGCUUAGGACUGUAGACCAGAACAGUGCCCCUGGGGGCCAAGCCUGCUCACGUCACCUCAUGAGAACUAACCCAGCUUUCCCCUCCCAAGUCUUGGACGUACUGAAAUGCAUCACCUUGGGCCAUUCGCACCUUGGCUCCAACAAGCUGUGGUCUCAGGAACCGAUGUACCGUUUCCUCUCCUGGAGAAGUUCUGCAUGUUUCCCCCACAUUUUCAACUGGGUCACACCACGGAAGAGCCUCCGUCUGCACUGAACAGUCCCCCGAUGUCACUCUCCAGGGAGCGUUGGGAGCAUCCCCAAACGUUCUGAUCAGAUCUUCGGGGACAUUCCAGACGGUGGCUGCAGGGUUGCUGAUGGGUGACAGAUGCCUGCAGCAGUAGGACCCUCCAGUUUUGCUUUGCUACUGGGGAAGGGUCUACGACCUGGCACUCUGAACCACACAAGGAGGAUCAGAGUCGCCUACUUGGUGUGGUUGGUGGGAGCAGAGCCUCAGAGCCCGUCCUCCCUCUCCUGAAGGCAGAGCUGCCAUGCUGUUGAGCCAUUAUUGGGCCCGUGAGACAACAGACAUUUCACUUUUUUGCAAAGCCAUCAGAGACCAAGCCCAGAUAUGAAUUUAAGAGCACUCCACAUUCUCUUUGGAACACGGGGAUAUCUGCCCUCCAGAGUGAAAAUUCAAGUAAGUCUAGUUAACUAAACUCUAGGCAUCAAGUCAUACACGUUGCCCCCGUUCUGUUCUUUUUUCCAACUCUGUUCACCCUCCGGGCUUGGCUUGCUCUGUUUAAGGUGGACGCCACUAGACACCCUCAACACUGUCUCCUGGGGCUGCCUCAUCCAGAUACGAUGACGAGGUGGCACGGAGUCCUUUCUCUCUUGCAGCCGCUGGUUCCCAGACACUGGGGUCGCUAACAGGAAAGGCUGUAUCAAGGUGCCCCUUCAGUCUGCUUUCUCAUGCAGGCCUUUCCCGCAGCACACAUCUUGGCUGCAGUGAACAGCUUAGUAAAACCCAAAGAUCUCAUAGGCUCAGCCACUGGCCCCUCGUUUCCAGCAAUAUCCACCUUAUCCACCUUCUAGUUUAGCCAAAGGACUGAGGUAGAUACUUGCAGUUCAUCUCCUGGCACUCCCCUGCCAUUGACCUUCAGCAGAAUCUGAUCUUCUGCGCCCUGGCUCUGUGGCCACCAUGGAACUUUCCACCACAGGCCCUUGUUGGCUGGCAAAGCAGGAGAUAGGGCCAUUUGUAACCUGUUCUCCACAGCUCAAGGUGGUCUUCUGCUGACUUGGGCACAACCCACCUAAGGCCAUGGGAUUCGCAGGGCAGCGGGGAGAACAUGCCUCCACUCGGCUGGGUGUUUUUGUCUCCUGUGAGGUCAGUGGGCGUCACCACCAAACCCUCAGCCGAGGACUGCAGCCUGACGGGUGGUGGAUUUGGAGUAGCCUGGGCCGGGGUGCACCAUUCACCCUCGCCGUGCCUGGGUCCAGCGGCCAGGUCUCCCUUGGAUGGUGGUUAUGAGCCGGGAGACGAAACGGAAGGGCCACCUCAACAGAGCUGCGGGCCGUGUCUGCGAGUGAGCUUCCUUUGCCACCAUCCACUUUGACGGCCUUUGGCUCAGCUUCCAGGGACUGGCUCGUGGCUGGGAGAGGGACACAGGGGCUUCCUGGUGAGGCGGGAAUGGUCCAAGGAAGGACUUGCAUCUUCACCUGGUCCGUCGGCCAGCAGGCGUUCUCUCCGUGAGUUUGCUGCGUUGUCUCCUGCACUUUGAAACACCAGGGAAACGCUCUGUAAGGCGUGUUUUCCACUGUGAAGCCUCAUCUCGCCUUCAGGAGGCCCCUGUGCUUGCGCGAGGGGCACCGGGAGGAGGUCAGGGAUACAGUGCGCCCCCUCAAGGGCCACACGUUCACAAGAAAGUCUUGGAGGGAAACUGGGUUGCGGAUGGAGAAGGGGGGCGCCUGUGAGAAACGGCCAGAAGUGGGGCAGGGCCGGAAGCCAUGGUGAUGGACGUGCUCGCAGAGACGGGUACACAGGGCGUGGGGGGCAGUCUCCUCACGCUCCUUGAGCUGGGCUAAGUUCACAGCAGCAGCGCCUGGGUCCCUGGGACAUACCUGACGGGAGCUCCCAGAAAGGCUGCUGGUUCCGAUAGAACAAGAGAGGCUGCGUCAAGCUCAGGCUGUCCCCUGGAGACCGUCGGUGGGGGCCCCCUGCCUUGGCCCUGCCAGCCCCAGCCCAGGCCACCGUGUCCAGCCGGGCCGGUGGUGGGAGGCCUGGGAAGGGGCCUGCCCCUCUCUUCACUGUGGCUAAUGUUUGCUAGGCCAGUUAUGGUGAACCAAUGAUACAGUGUGUUUUCCUCUUAGGUUUCCCUUCCGGGUUCCCCUCUUCAGGGUUUUCUGGAGGAUUUGGUGGUGGUGGUGGUGGUGGUAGUGGUGGUGUUUUCCCUCCACUCUCAUUUGGGUUUGAGGAUCGUGGUCUGUAGAGGCCUACCUUUCCUUGGAGGGGGCCUGUGGUUCUGUAUGAGAGGCACCUGCUGCCCGCUUGGAUGAGGGGCAAGAUCCUUAGGUCGCUGUUUGCUUAGAUUCAUGCCCCCAAGGCUGCCGCCACCACCACCACCGUCACCAUGGGUGUCGCUUUAAACUGUUCCAGAGAAGGAUUUGCUAGGUCUGCAGUUGGGCGUCAACAUCAGGACCCCACAAGGGUCCUUCCCACCCGUGCGUCCCCACCGGGCACCUUGACUCUUCGAACCAAAGUUCCUUAAAGGGGCACAGCCCAGCCUUGUCGGCAACCUCAGGGGCCUGGGAUCCCCGUGGUGCUUCCUGAAGUCCGGGUUGGCAGAGACCAUGGGGUCCGUGGCCAGCCGGAAGGAGGCCUCCUCCCACAACCCAGGUGCCAGCUGGUCCCCGCCUGGGGCCCUCCCGCCCAGCUGGGGUGGUGGGGGGGGAUGCGGGUUCCCAGGCGGUGAGCCAGCUCUCGGACUGGCAUGGGGCUGGGACUCGCCAGCCAGGAGAGAGAGGACCCGCCAGGCAGCACGUCCAGGGCCAUUCAGAUCCCAAGCAUCAGGAAAAUCAUUUUGUACAACCACCCGAAGCAGAGAUAUUUUUUAAGAAGCGUUAAAUUAUUUUCAGUUGUCUUCUGAUCCUGCCUUUUUUCUUUUCCCUGCAACUUCGCAUUGGUGAUUCUUUCACAUCAGGUAAAACUCAAGAAAGCCUUGGUGCCCCUCCCUCCCCGCACCCCCGCUCAGUAACCACGUGCGUGCACCCCAUCCUUUCUCAGUAGUGAAGACGUUCUAGGCAAUACCAUAGGCACAUCUGACUGUGUCUCUCUCUCUUCGAGUGCAAGAAACUCAAGUCAUCUUAAAAAAAAUACAAAAAAAAAAUUUACAAAAAAACAAACACAAAAAAAUAUCUUUUUUAGGCCAGAGUUUUCUACAGGUAUUAAUGAAUAUUUUUCUUAAUCCUUAUAAGUUUUAUGUGUUUAAUAUUUCUUAAUACCGGUAGCAUUAAUUUAUACUUUUGUAGCAACACAAUAUUUUUAUAAACAGCCAGUGCUUGGCUCCAGUCUCCGCGAGGGGUUUAUGCAGGACCAUCUUGGGACCCUGCGUACCAUGUACUGUAUUUAAAAAAAAAAGUUACCUAGUGUCACCCUUGCUGUGUUAAUUAACAAAAGACGUUGUUCGCGGUCUCCUGUGUCGUUGGUGUGGAUCCAACAGCUCUCCGAGGAGUCACAUUGCAUGGGGAUUGAGUUGACGGUUCUUGUGAUACAUAAACCCCCGAGACCCAACUUGAGGGUUUAUUUAGGGUUUUUUGUUCGUCCUCUGGGAUUUUCAUUUCACUUCGUUUUGGUACCGUAUCUCCAUUUACAGCCAAAUCCGUUUCGUGAUGUUUAAAACUUUUUCUGAUGUGAAAUGGAGGGAAGGAACAGGAAAAAAAAAAGAUUUUUACAAAGUAAUAAAAUUUAAAACUGAGCUGUUUAAAUGUUGCUGUUUUUACCUGUCUGUUCUUGUCCAAACGUGGGACAUUCCCAGGAAGAAGAGGAAGGUUCCGCUUGGCUCCUUAAAUCACCAAAAGCCCCGGCCCAGGAUUCACCCCCCACCCCCGAAUUCUUGCAACAUUA